UGCCACAUUCAACUUUGACCUUACAGUCACUUGGCAGUUUGCAAUGCAACCUCUAAGCAUGCAUGAAUUCUGGUUUAAACCGGAUCUCAAUUAUUCUGGAUGCAUUAAAUAAGAAGUUGUUUUCGUGCAUUUGUUGGUGGCUGACAGCUGAGACCCAGAGUUGCUCGUGCAGGUCAACUGGAGCUGCGUUUGAUCCCGGGUGUGAGCACUGUACGUCGGUUUGAGCAACACCGUCUCUAUAUAACGAAGGGGACACGUGCAUUGUAAAAACAGACACGGGAUAAAAUGGAUCUUCCUAACAACGAAACAAGUGAUGCUCAGCACAACAAGGAAAUUAAUAAAAACAACAGCGUUGACAUCAAAGACAAAGUUCCACUCGAAGACGUCAACUGCAAAAUGGUCAAAGAGAAGGAAGACAAGAAUCCCGAUUUGACGACAAAGGAAAAAGAAAAAGAUACAGCGAAAAUAGAAGCAGGCGAUCCUCUUCUAGGCGCUUCAGACAGCACUAUGAAUGGCAAGGCGGGGGAAUACGAGGUCGCUAAAAGACCGGCUCCAAUGAAGUACCUAAUGGCCAUGCAAUCCCUCUUGGUCUUUGCAUAUUUUUGUGUGGGAAUAAGUACAUCCUUCACAGGGGCAUCACUCCCAGACUUGCGCAUGCGCACGAACAGCAACUGGGAAGAGAUUUCUCGCGCUCUGGUUGGACGAGGAGCUGGGUUGUUCAUUGGUGCCGCUGGCGGCGGUUACGUAUGCGACCGAUUUGAAAGGCACGUGUACGCCCUCCUAGCCCUAGCCAUGACUUUGGAGGCAAUUGGAACAACGGCCAUUCCUCUUUGUCCAUGGAUAUGGGCCAUGUUGGUGAUGUUUGUAGUCCAGGGACUAUGUGAAGGCUUGCUUGGAGCAGGCUCUGCUAAACUCAUUUUCCAUCUCUGGGGAAAGAAAGCAUCGCCUUCUAUCUAUGCAGCGCACCUUGCUUUCGGUGGGGGCGCAAUAUGUGGUCCCCAGCUACUGAGACCUUUCCUUGGGACACACGUUCACGCAUCUAAACGAAAGAACAACACCAGUGAGUUCGAAGUUGGAAGUUAUUCAGGCAACAUCUCGGUACCGAUGGUGUCCUCGUACCUGGGGAACCGUACAGAGAUUUCCUCUGGGUACACCAUAGUAGGGUUCCAUAAUAUGACAGAUGGCGAUGUGGACUUAAGCACAAAAAUGGUCCCAGGUGACGACUCUACAAUAGAAUAUGCGUAUGCUGUUGGUGGGGCAUUAUCCGUUGUAUGUACAAUUUUACUCAUUUUUGCUCAAUGUGCGACAUCAAAGAGACCAUUGGAUAUUCACAAAGAACAAAAAUCUACACGCGGGAAAGAUUUGCGCUCGAUUCUAAAUCCUGGUACAUGUGCACAAGGGAAUACAAAAUUUGGCUUUCUCAUGUUUAUCAUCAUGUUUUUCUUCUUUAUUCAUUUGGUGGGAGGAGAGUGGGUGCUGGAUAAAUUUAUAUUUGCGUUUGUCUCCGAAGGCCGCGUCCACAUGGAGGUUGAUGAAGCAACGCUGUUGAUGUCUGUUUAUUGGGGAUUUUUCACCGGGGGUCGGGCUCUGGGGAUCGUCCUUUCCAAUUGGGUCAAACCACUCUACACGCUGUCAGUUCAAAUGAUUAUCCAUCUAACCGCGGGAAUCGUCCUUAGCACUGAGGCUUGUUCGAACAAAACGGUGGUCUGGAUUAUGAUUUGUCUUCUUGGAUUAAUCACCGGACCAUAUUUCCCAGGUGGGAUGAAUUGGGCCAACGUGUAUUUGGAAAUGACCGGCGUGGCCGUAUCAAUUGUACUAAUGGGAAGUUCCUGUGGGGGGUUUAUAUAUCAGUGGGUGACUGGAAUGGUUUUCCAACAAUAUGGAUUGGACAGUUUCACUUUCGUUAUUGUCAUUGACGCCGCUUGCGUAAUAGUAACAUUUCUGUGUUUGAAUCUCGUCGCUAGGCGACAGGGGUCAAGGUUCAAGAAACGUCCCGUGGUCGAGGAGAUUAGCGAAAAGACCUCGUUAGGCCAACCUGAAAUUGAAGAUGAACUGGACUGCUACAUGCGUGUUACACAAGUUUGAAGUUAAAUUAUGUUUUCUGUGAACUUGUUUGUUGUUACUAGAAUUAGACCCGUUUAAUAUGUACAUAUAUGUUGGAUUGAAUUUUCAUAUUAUUGAGAUAUAUUUAAGUCGUUUUUAUCCACUUUUUGGAACUACUAUUUCAACAUUUGAAGAAGUCACAUACGAUCAUUCCAGGAUGAAUGCAUUUUUUCUGUAUCAGAAACAAAUAAAAAGGAAAUGAGAAUGAUUUGUUGUGUAAAGAAUA